ACUUCAAAAUAUUCUCAUUUUCUCUCUACAAAUGAAAACUUCAAGGCUACUCUUCCCACUCUUUCUCUCUCUUGUUCUAAUCUCACUAUCUCCGGCCACCGGAGCAAACCACCCUAAGUCUCCGUCAAUUGAUGCCAGAAAGCUCAUCAGAAACCUCAAUUUGUUCCCCAAACACUCCGUUAACAUCAUCGAUGAUGAUGUCACUAACCGUUCGUCAGUUGGCCGGAUUGUUGAGAAACCGUUUAGGUUUCCUAAUUUUAUUGGCGGUGAUGGUGUCUCAGUUGAAGAAUUAGGUCAUCAUGCUGGAUAUUAUCAGAUUCAACACUCUAAUGAUGCUCAGAUGUUCUACUUUUUCUUCGAGUCACGGAAUAGUGAACAUGAUCCUGUUGUUAUCUGGCUAUCUGGAGGACCGGGUUGUAGCAGUGAGCUUGCACUUUUCUAUGAAAAUGGUCCUUUCAAAAUUGGUGAUAACUUAACUCUUGUUUGGAAUGAGUAUGGGUGGGACCAGGCAUCAAACAUAUUGUUCAUUGACCAACCUACUGGUACUGGCUUCAGUUACAGCUCUGAUAAAAGUGAUAUUCGUCAUAAUGAACAGGAUGUGAGUGAUGACUUGUACGAUUUCCUACAGGCAUUCUUUGCAGAGCAUCCCAAAUUUGUAGAAAAUGACUUCUAUGUUACUGGAGAAUCAUACGCUGGCCACUACAUUCCUGCUGUUGCUGCUCGAAUCCACAAAGGAAACAAAGCUAAGGAAGGAAUACACAUAAACUUGAAGGGAUUUGCAAUUGGAAAUGGACUCACUGAUCCAGGAAUUCAAUAUAAUUCUUACAUAGAUUAUGCAUUGGACAUGGGAAUCAUAAAGAAGUCUCAAUCUAAGCGCAUCAAGCUGAUAGUUCCAGUGUGUGAAGCUGCGAUAAAGCUUUGUGGCACUGAUGGAACACUCUCUUGUAUGGCCGCAUACGUGGUUUGCAACACCAUUUUCAGUUCAAUCACUUCUAUUGCUGGCAAUAUCAAUUACUAUGAUAUUAGAAAGGAGUGUAUUGGCAGCCUCUGUUAUGACUUCUCAGACAUGGAGACACUUCUUAACAAGAGAUUUGUUAAGGAAGCUCUUGGAGUUGGGGAUAUUGAAUUCGUUUCGUGCAGUACUACUGUGUACCAGGCUAUGCUUAUGGACUGGAUGAAAAAUCUUGAAGUUGGCAUUCCUGCUCUCCUUGAGGAUGGGAUUAAGUUGCUCAUAUAUGCUGGAGAAUACGACCUCAUUUGUAACUGGCUUGGUAACUCAAGGUGGGUUCAUGCUAUGGAAUGGAAUGGUAAGGAGCAGUUCAAUGCGUCUUCUGAAGUUCCUUUUGUAGUAUCUGGAUCUGAAGCAGGCUUACUCAAAAACUAUGGCCCACUCAGUUUCCUCAAGGUUCAUGAUGCUGGUCAUAUGGUUCCUAUGGAUCAGCCCAAGGCUGCUUUGGAAAUGUUAAAGAGGUGGACAGAAGACUCGCUAUGUGAAACUGCAAUGGAACCCAAAUCUCUGGUCUCCUCCAUCUAAUGUGUAAUGGCGGUUUGCAUGGUCUGUUGUUUGUAAAUAAUGCAGGUUGUCUUCCCUCAGAACUAUAUAGACUGUAGUCAACCUAGUUGCACCAUAAGAGUAGAACACACUGAGCCUCUUUUUAGCUGGUUUCUCAUUUUAUGGAAUGCAAACGUUCUAGUCAAAUCAUAGAUCCAUGUGCUUGCAGUUGAUGUUAUACUACUUUUCUGAAUGUCAUGGUAUCUGAAAGGUUA